CUUUUUGCCUGCGACUCACUAGUAUCCACUUUGUGCAAGACCUUGCUCUUUCCGAAGGGCCCAAAGUGGCGCUAGGUCAGAGGUGAAUGUCUGCAGGUGGAGACGCGUACUACAAUGGUUCUGCUGAAGUUGGUUCCAAGAUUUUGUCCGACCGCCAGCUUUUGCGAGAGCAGCUCACGCCAAAUGCACGCGGUCUUAUUGUGGCAAUGGUUGGACUUCCAGCCAGAGGGAAAUCCUUCAUUUCCAGAAAGGUAGAGCGCUUCCUCAAAUGGGGUGGUAACCGCACGCAGACCUUCAAUGUUGGAAAGUACAGAAGAGAUGCUGUUGAUCCUGAAAGGUCUGGAAAGAGUGAUUUCUUCGACAACAGCAACAGUGAUUCAGUGGCCCAAAGAAUGCAGAUGGCCAUGGCCGCGCUGGCAGAUGCAAUUAAAUUCCUCGAUGAGGGAGGCAAAUUUGCAAUUUUUGAUGCGACGAACAGUACAGUGGCCCGACGGCAGAUGAUCACAGAAAAGGUCACCGCUGGAGGGCAAUAUAGUAUUCUUUGGGUGGAGGCAGUAUGUGACGAGCGAGAGGUCGUACUGUUCAACAUGUUGACAAAGGUUCGCUACAGUCCAGACUUCCAGCACAUGACCGAAGAGCAGGCCAUGCAAGACCUCAAGCAGCGCAUUGCAAACUACGAAAAGAUCUACGAAACAGUGCAGGACUCCGAAGGAGCAUUCAUCAAGCUGUUUAAUUUGUCCAGCAAGGUUAUGGCAAAUCAUUGCUAUGGGCGAGUGGCCAAAAGCAUUUUGCCAUUCCUGAUGGCAAUUCACAUUGGCUCACGACCCAUUUGGUUGACACGAGCCGGUGCUGGAUCGCCAGAAUCAAAAGGUCAACACGGCAGCGAUCGUGCUUCAAGCCUUUCACAAGAAGGCCAAGACUUUGCCAAGCGCUUGGCAAAGUUCGUGAAGACACGUGCGCAAAGAUACUGGGAGCGAUCCGGUAAGCCACAGGAGGAGACGCAGGUCUUCACCAGCACGAUGCCCCGUGCAGUCUCUUCUGCUCGCUGCACGGCAGCCCUGAUUGACCAGCGAUCAGCCUUGAAUCCUAUCGACAAGGGUGUAUUGGGUGCUGGCUGGUGGGACGUGGAGUGUGCAGAAGAUGUUCCUCCUUGGAAGGAGAUGGACAAAAGGCAUCCAGAGUUCAUGAAACAGUUCCAGCAAGACCCAUUGUAUUGCCAGUUCCCUGGUGGUGAGAGGUAUAUGGAUGUGGUCAUGCGACUAGAGAGCGUGCUCAUUGACGUUGAAAUGUGUACGAGUCCAGUACUCAUAGUGAGUCACAUCACGACCCUGCAAGUGCUUUUGGCCUAUUUCAAGGGGAUUCCCGUGGAGGAGGCUUGGAAGCUUUCCUUGCCAAAGAAUAUGGUUGUGGAGGUCUCACCAACAGAAGGCGGUGGCUUCCUGUCUGAGGAGCACGAUUUGUGCCUAAGCAUCGAUGUGGGCGGAAACGAGCCAGUUGAUGUCAAAAAACAACGAUUGAUUUGAAUUCUCCAGGCUUACAAACAAUCUUUUAAUAUAUUGGAACCAUCAAUAUCCAUCAAUUACACGAAAUAACCAUCCAAUCAUGUUAAUUGGAAAAUUAUAUCUCAUGCAUGUAAUGUUAAUUAUGUUCAUUCCUAAAAUUACUAUGUGGGAGCCGUUCGAAACCCCUGUAUAGAGACAGGCUUUAGAGAGGACAUGUCAUAAAGAUUGAUCAGUUUUUGGGCUGUUUUUACCUGGUAGGCGCAAGAAGGCGCAAGGGCGAGCGCAAACAUGGGUCUCAUUGGGGGUAAUGACUGGGAGGUCCAAAAAGUAGAGAAAACGAUAGGUAUUGCGUUAAGGUGAGGUUUUUACCACUGAGUUGCACUACUGUACCACUACCACUACUACUACCACUACUACCACUACAACGACUACUACCACCACUACCACUAGCCACAAAGCAGGAGUGCUUUCCAUCUUGAAGGUGGUGGUGAGGACAUUGUUCCACUUGUAGAUCUCAGUCAAGGAAGGCUGCGCUUUCCCAUUUUUCAUGUACAGGUGCAAAACCAAAGCCAUGAUCCAAGCUUGCAGUUCUCCUUCAAUGAUUUGAUGUCACAUUUUUUAAGUCUGACCACAAUCAAGCUGAACAUUUCAUGGAUUGUGAGAGAAGGCAAAGUUUUCCAUUCAGUCUCAGACAUGUAGUUCCAGGGCGUCAAAAUGACCUGGCCACAAGACUGCAGCUUCAGAUGGGAGGCAUCAUCUAAUAAUCCAAGGCCUUGGAUUCAGCAAUGGAGGCAAGCUUCUGAGUGUACGGCUCUGGCAGCUUGCUUUGCUUGACAGCAUCUAGGAGGGCCAAAGUGUCCUUCAUACCUCCCGGACAGCAGGCCUUCACUCUGUUCCCAAAUUGCUCGACUAUAAUGUGCAAGUUGUUCUCAUCAGGUUUGGUGGCUGCAAAAGCAUCUAUUGCCUGCAGCUCUUCAAUGAGAUCUGCCAGCAUCCAUUGGCAGCCAGGCAUUGGCUUGCAAGAGAAGCUUUUGCCAAAUCCACCUGUCCAGCAAAUUGAGCAAAAAGGCUGCGG